AGGUGGAGGGACGGAAUGGCGACUCAGUGCCGUAGUUCAAAAUGCACGGCGGAAAGAAGAGGCUUCCGCCGCGAACUCGACUCCUGGCGCUACAAGCUCAUUCACUGCGUCGGGUUUGAGAGUAUACUGGAAGGCAUCUAUGGACCAAGACUGCUACAAGAUCUCAAUAUAUUUGAUGACUGUGAACCAGAAGACAUUGCCGAUUGGUCCACCGAUGCACGCUGCUCCUUUUGUAACCUGCAUCUAGAAAAGAUAAGUGACCACUUGCCCAUCGUGGCCUCGCCAGGGUCGUCCCCUCCUGCAGAAACCCCCCCACCUCAGGGCCUGUCCACCUCAGACAAACUCCAGUGCCAAGCAGACCGAUUUCUUCAUGCGGUUUUUUGCAAAAAAGAGUUCCCUGAGAGUUGCGAUCCCAGUAUACCAUUGGCAGCACAGGAGUUGAUGCGCAAGAUGAUUCGCCAGUUUGCCAUCGAGUUUGCCAGCAAAAGUCAGGCAUUUCUGGGCCGUGACAGCCUGCGUGCCGGUUCUGCAGAACUCCCUAAACUUGCGGACCCUGACGGGCCGCUGGACCUCAGAGUGAGCCGCACUGCCGACUGCUCUCCACAAGCAGAAGGUGUCCUGGACCUAUCAAAGAAAAACGUGCCAUCACUGAAGGUGCUUAAUGUGCACAAUCAUCAGAAGGGUUCAGGCUCUUUGAGGCCCAUGGAUGAAGACCAGUGCAGACAGGGAGGAGACAAUGAGGCAUCAGAGGACUGUCGAGGUACAGUGUUGGAGAGGGUCUUGUCCUCACUGUGCUCCUACCACAGAAUCCUGUUCUACCACAUGCUACAGGACAUACGGGAGGAUCACAGAGAGUCUUUGGCACUGAGGGAUGCUCACAGGCGGCUGUCUAAAACCGAACCUCACUGUUGUCAUACAGGAAGGAAACCACCCGACGAAACAUCGAUGUGCCCAGCUGGCAGUACUUGUGCUGCCUGUUUGACCACAUGUAGACUUAGAACAUGUGCAGUUACCUCUGUUUGUGUCUGUAUGAAGACCCUCACUGGCCUGGCCUGCCAGAAUGUAGCUCUAGGAUGUGUUGGUAAAGUCAUCUGUCCGAGCUGCACUGUUUGCUUUGCUCAUCAUAAAAUCCUUGCAUGCCAACACCAGCACAAUGGAGAUGACGCGGACAAUACACAUGCAGGCAAAAAACGAAGUGUCAUCCAACCCCCUGGUCAUCUUUCUCAAGAUGCUUGUGCAGGUUGCCGCAGUCCCUCCCCACCACCACUCUCACCAGUUCCAAUUGAUGCCGACUUUAAAAUGAGUGAGAAGAACAUGGGCUGCUGUGGUCAAGAGCGAAGCACACCGCCUCCCCCGCUCCUACCUCACAGAACAGAGACUGAAGUUCAGCACUCCCGCACUGUUCCUGGCGGGGCAACUUGUCCUCCCGUAGUUAAAGAGGGUCUGACGUCUGAGGCGUAUGCCAAGACGGAAAAAGAAAAUGGAGAUCAGUGUGGAUCUCUUAUGGGGGAGUUCAUGGAUAAAUUUACUGAAAAGCUAAAGGUUAUCCAACCGACCCCAAGCUCACAAGUAGUUCAAAACUCAAAAGUAUGCGAUGAUGCACACUUGACAGAGAUUAUAACCACUGUACUACACAACAGCAGUAACAAAGAGUACAACUUGACGGAGCUGUUGGAACAGCACGUGACCACGGAGCAACGGUCCCCUCAGACACGUUCUCGCAGGAGACAGGAGGUCUUGGUAACUGUGAGCAAGUCUAAUGUCCCAGCCUCAUGUAGGGAGCUUACAUGGCUUGACCAUCCUGUCUGCAGAAGCAAGCUAGUGCAUGAAAGAAGCAAUUAUCCAAAGAAUAUUAAAUCUGAUCUUCCUUCCACGUCGUCUGUUGUAGAGCAGUCCAGUGUCCCAGAACAAACAUCCAAGAUGGCGGAAAUGGUGCCAACACAAGACCUCUCAGUCUCUCAGAACUCCAGUUCUGACAGUUCACGACCUAUUUCUAACGUAAAUUGCGAAAGCCCAAGUCAAGAGGAGGAAGAAAAACCACUACAAACUGCUAAUCAACGAGAACUUUUACCUCUCAGUAAAACAGACUGUGUUUGUCAUGAAAAGACAAUAGCAGAGGCCUUCCAAGGUAAAAUUAAAGCAUUAAAAAAAAAGGGCAAAGUUGGAAGAUCCAGGCGAAAUAUUGUCCCCCCACAACGUUUCUCAUCCUAUGUUACAGAACCCAGGAAGAUGUACUAUGCUGCCUGCUUUUCUGAGAGCAUAUUCAACAGACGCACUCCCAAGGUUAAGGCUACAAGCAAAUAUGGCUCCCCCGAAGGGGAGUAUCAUACAUACACUGAAACUGGUACUGAACAUCCAGUCAAAACUGAAGGUCAAGAUCAUAUACUGCAUCCACAGAGACAAGAAAAGAAUACAUUUACUGUUUCACUAGAGAAAAUGGGCGAAGAUCAAAUUGGUGGAAACUCCUGUCUUAAACGGAGUCCGAGAACCAUGAAAAAAAGUAAUGAGAAUUCCACAUCCCCAUCAAAAAGGUUGAAAUGUGGACUGGAAUCUCAAAGUGCUGAGUUAACCCUCUGCCAGUCUGUUGAUACUGAUGACUGUAAAGACACUAGGAAAUCAAGCAUCAAGUACAGUAGUCCUAUCAAGUUGAUGCUGGUGUCUCCUGUGAAGGGUGAGGAUGGGAUUAAAUACACACUCAAAGCUGCAGAUUCUUCCUCGUAUUCUCACGGAGAAAUGUUUGAUCCUUGUGUAGAAGCUUCGUGGGCAGGUAAUGCAGUAAAAGACCUGAAUGAAUAUUUACGAACAGAUUCGGUGGAGAGUGCUGAAUUUGAGAGUAUCAGCAGCAAGUUGCCAAAAGAAACUGAAUCCUGUGAUGAAGCAGAUUUGGAUAACCAUGCAAAUGGCAGUGGCGAGACCUUUCCGGCAACGCGUGAAACAACCCCCGUUAAGAGACGUCCUGGACGCCCUAAAAAAUUAGGGCCACAAAUUGAAAAAGCAGUGAAGCGUCCUAUUGGCAGGCCCCCUAAACCCAAAGCUGGAGAAAUAAGUAGCUUAAAUGGUAAAAAUGUUGUGAAUCAGAGAGCCAAUGACAUAUCUAGUGAAGAAGAUGGUAACAAAAAUCUGAAAAUCACAAUUAUGUAUGGGAGAUCAAGAAAAGCAAGGAGAGUUGUAUCUGAGGACUUUGGACAUCUUUCCACAGAGCAGCAUUUGUAUGAAGGGGACACCAACAGUACAAAUAAGACAUAUUCUCGAUGGAUGAAUACCAGUGGAAAUUCUGUACUUGCAGCCAAAGAUCAGUUAGAGGAUCUAAAUUUUGUGACACCUUGCCUUGAAGAUAAAGGGAUUAUCCGUUCAAGCAGUAACAUCAAAUGUCAAAAGCAGAAUGAUAUGGCAGUGACUAGGAAACCAGGCCGACCACCUAAGGUCAAGAUUUCCGGAAUUUCUGUCACUGUUACCACAGUAUCGCCAAGGCAACGUAAAAUCCACAUGAGAAGAGACAUGAAAGAGUCACCUCUGCAGCGAAGGUUUCUUGCAAUGGAAUGUGAAUCAUCCAAAGAGCAGAAGACAAUCAACCAACAACCAGAUGAUAUUCUGAGAUCUGAGAUGGAUACCAUGAAACAAGACACUGAACAGUCCCAGGUUUCAUUGGCCCCUGUUAGACAUUCUGUAAGGGAGCGAAAACCUUCCAUUCAUCUACUGCACUCAGUUGCUACCGCCAGAUCCUUUAGUCGUAGCAAUGCACUGGUUCAAAGAUCACACAAGCUGCUUAUGAACAGUGCUAACAUUAAGACCAGGUACCUGAUGCAGUGUGGACCUAAGGUAGCCAGUAACAAUGCACUUUCCAAUAAGAGAAGCACCCUUAGCUGCAUGCAAGAUGUUGUCCGUUUUUCGGGAAUUUCGGUGGACUCUAUUUUUGCAUCAAAUGAAAGCCUGAAGUGGUGGCCCAUCUCUGCAUCGCCUGAGACCUUAAAUGAGGAGUUAUCUAGGAGGAUAAAGUUGAUGUCUGAUACAUGGGUGUCUGAUGCCUUGGAGGCAAACACAUCAGAAGACACUAAAAUGAACCAGAUGUCAAAACCCUGUGAAAAAAUCACUAGUUCUGCAGAGAGUUCGUCAUCUGCAGUCAAAAUGCUUUUUGAGAAAAACUACAGUAUGGAGAAGUUGUGCUCCUGGUUUAUGCAGACCACAGAGACUCAGUCCCUUGCUAUUGUGAAGAAAGUCAGUGCAAGAAAUCGAUAUGAGGCCUUUCAUUAUAACCCUAUCAGACCCACUUGCAGUGUGAACGUUUGCCGUAGUCCACAAGCUGAACGGCUCAGGAAACACGUGAAGAAAUUUGCAAAAGUUGUCCCAAAGAGUCCAGCGAUGUAUCAGCGAGCAGAGAUGUACAACACAAGGAGGUCUUUGGCCAAAACCUACCCAUUUACCCCAUCAAAGGCUGUCUUAAUACCUGGUGAGAAGCAGAAAACCUCCAGGUCUUGUGGAACAUGGCAUGUCUACCAAACAGCUUUGCUCAGAGCAAGAAUGAAGUUCAAAACCAGGGCAAAGAAAAUUUUGACAAACAAGGUAGAAGACAAAGUCCAUAGGAACCAGAUAGGGUCUAGCAUUCAGAAAACAAGUGUAUUGAAGGAACUUCUUACCUCGUUAAAUGAAAAGCAAGAUGCAUCAAAGUUCACAGAAAGCAAAUCUAUUGAGGUCAAAGCGUCCGAGAAAACUAUGGAUAUUGCUGCCAUUUCCAGGGAGCAGAGAAUAAGCUCUAAAGCCUGGAGUCCAGAAACACUGAAAGAGUGCAGGGUGUUUCUGAAAAAGAUAAACUCUCCAAACACAAAAUUAAUGACUGAAGAAUGUAACAUUUGCACAGUGAAAUUCAAUAUAUCGCCUGCUGGGUGUGAAAUCGCUAUGGAACAAGAGGAGAAAAAGAGCGACGAAGUGGUUAAGUUUGAGAAGACAUGUAGUUCUUCACGAAAGCCACCUUCUUCCGCAAUGAACCAGUCCACGGUGAACAAGCUGGGCAGGAAGCGUGGAAGCUGCCGUGGGGAGUCACCCCCAGCAAAACUGGCAAGACAAUCGAGGAGCAGCAGAGGCGUUCUGGGAGCAAGGUGGUGUGACUUUGUACUUGGACCAUCCAAAUAGUCGGAAUCUGUUCAUUCUCAGCAGGACAUUAUGUAGUACUGAGAUAUUUGGUGCCUUUAAUGAUGGUCUGGCUGAAUAACAAGAGCAUUAGGAUCUGCACGCAACCUCAGCAAGCAUCAUGUAGCAAAAAACUUGAAAGAGAACUUGCACUAUUUAAACUCAUUUUCAUUUUGUCUGAAAGCAUACCCAUUGUUUUCACAUUUUUAAAGCUCCUCUCUUUAUUCUGAAUUUGCCAGCCUAAUACUGAAGUACAUAAGUAUUGUCUUUUGUUAACCGAUACACUGUAGCUACAUUCGAAAUCAAAUAUCAAAUAAUUACCAUGGAAACAAUGUUUAAAUUAUGUUCCACCCCAUCCCCACCUUUUCUCCCUAAUGUUUGUGAAAUGUUCUUUGGUUCUGAAUGCUCUUCCUGUAGGUAACUGCUGGAGAACCAUCCAAUUCUCAGAUUACUAAUUUAUGAACCUACAAUGCUACAAUCUCUUAAUUCAGAGAUUUCAUUUAUCCUAAUUUUAUCCUAAUGCAAUAUUCCUUGCAGAUCUAUAGAUUUUGAAGAGCUAUAGAUGCAAAACAUGCUGGUUACCCAUCAAUAUGUUCUCAAAGGAUUAUAGUGAAACAGUGGCUGGCCUUGUCAUCCUGUGUAGCAGAAACAUACCUCCUGUUCUCGUUUUCCUGUUCUUGUUCUCUUGUAUUGUUUGUGAAAUUCUCAUUCAGUUUAUGAUCAGACUGUUACAUGGAAAUUCCUCUCGAAAGCAUUAACCCAAGUUUCUGUUGUUGCACUACAAAACUUAAAUGUUACCUUUUAUAAUUAUUUUAAAGUUGUAGGCUGCCACCGUUGUAAUGUACAUAUAUAAGUAUCUCUUUGGUGCAAUGUUUUACCUUAUUAAGCAGGUGGUAAGAUUUUAUUUUUUAACAUUUUAUUAAAAGCUUUUAGGUCAUUACCAAACCAACUUUUCCUCUUCCCUUCAUGAAAUAAAGAAGCUUUAUGUUUAGAUACAAAUCCUUGGCCGUGCUAUCUGCAAUGCAGUACGUGUUUCCUGCACUCCACUAGAAAUGCAUGAUGGCCUCACUUCAGAUUGGUAUCAGAAUCCUCUAGGAACCAGAGUUCUAUCUUAUCCAGGGCCCCAGCUGAUUUUUUUUUUUUUAAUCAGAUUUAUUAACCCCAUGUGCAUAAAUCUAGUCCCACUCUGAAAGGAUAUCAUGCAAUUCCUGUGCCCUGAUGGCUACAGUUUCAACUGCUGUUGUUGCGUUACUGGUUGUAGCAUCCCAUUAUUCUUGCAACGUCAAAAUUUAGUACAGCGCCCCAUCCCCACUCUCAUACCUGCUUUACGCAGGCUUGCGCUGGAAAAAAUUAGGUCUUUUACAAUCUGGAUCAUCUCUUAAUACAGUAAGUUAUACCAUAAUUCUGGGGUGUUUGGACAUGGCUGGAACUAAAACCCUGUCCAAAUGUUGUUUGGUGCUGUCCUGUACAUAGAAUUUUUUUUCCUUUUUUUUAAUUUCGGUUAUGUAUGUUUUUUGUCCAUAGAACAAUAAAGGA